AUGACGCCAACAGCAUCAGCCACCGCCGCUGUGCCCACCCUGACACAAAGUGGAGCACGAGUUGCUCUACAAGCCGCGGAGCAGCAUGCACUUGAGAACGGUGUACCCAUGAGCAUUGCUGUAGUCGACGCACACACGCAUCUCUUAGCCUUCACACGCAUGGACUCGGCGAAGAUAACGUCCAUCAACACCGCCAUGGACAUGGCCUUCACUGCCGCCGGCAAUCGCAUACCCACCUCCGCAUACCAAGAGACACCCUGGCCAGGCAGCGCAACCUCUGGCAUCGGCAACAUGAUCAUGGGACGCUUCACCACGCUCGGGGGUGGUGUACCUAUUCUGUCAGCAGCGGGCGACAUACUAGGCGCCAUAGGUUGCUCAACAGGCACCAGCAUGCAGGACGAGGCAGCGGCGAAGGCUGGCAGGGACGCUGUCUUGGACGUUAUCAAGAAAGAGAAAGAGGCCGAGGAGACGAGACUACACGAAGAGAGGCAAGCAGUGCUUACACUAUGGAAAGAGAAAGAAGAGGAAGUGGGAAACUUGAGAGAAGAGCUCGAAGGAAUGGAUAGAAGUAGCAAGAGAAUGAGGCUCGAUGGUGGAAGGAGUGGAAGUGUUAGUGUUGCCGGCAGUCUAAUAGGACGGAGGGCGAGUACGCAAGCAGGACUAGCACCGGAUACACCGCCGGAAGAAGGCGAACUACUUCCGAGCUUUGUUGGGGAGGUAUCUGUGGGGCGUUAUUGA